AUGUCACCGUAUCAACUUGUGUAUGGGAAGGCAUGCCAUUUUCCUUUGGAAUUAGAGCAUAAGGCAUUCUGGGCAUCAAAGUUUCUCAACAUGGAUCUAUCUAAAGCGGCAAGCUCUAGACUUCUCCAACUCCACGAGUUAGAAGAAUUCUGCAACCAAGCUUAUGAAAAUGCGAAGAUUUACAAAGAGAAAACAAAAAGGUGGCCUGAUGGGAGAAUCCAACAUAAGGAGUUCUGGGAGGGACAACAAGUUCUCUUAUACAACUCAAGGUUGAAACUCUUCCCAGGAAAGUUGAAAUCAAAGUGGUCGGGACCGUUUACGGUUCACAAAGUUUUUCCUCAUGGAGCUAUAGAGAUCAAAAAUCAAGCGAAUGGGGAUAUUUUCAAGGUGAAUGGGCACCGGCUCAAACCAGAUUACCAAGGUCAACCAGGUGGGCGGAUUGAAGUUGUUCGUUUUGAAGGAUGA